GCAACAUUCACCUUAUGUCCUAGCCAUCACUCACCACCAAACAAACGUCACCAUGACCAGACUUCUUAUCCCAACCGACACCAGAUCCCAACUCAUCGAGAAAAUGAUCGACUACACCUUCACCAACCCCGCAAUCGUCCAUGAAGCCCUCCGCACUCCAGGCUCCAUAGCAAUCCUCACCCCCCAUCGGCUAGACGGACACAAAGACCUCGCCCAGCUGGGUGACGCAGCCUUAUGCCUAGUCCUUACCAAAGACGGAUACCAAGCCCAUGCAACAAGAGAACAAAUCAACGACACCCACAGCGGAAAAGCCAGUAACGCCUUCCUAGCAAGAACUGGCUUACAAAAGGGCCUCGAUCGCUACAUCUACGUCAACCCCUCGCAGGACGGCAUCGUCUCCGGCAAAAUCAUGGCUACAACCGUUGAGGCCAUCUUGGGCGCCGUCUACAUCGACAGUGGGGAGAAUAUCCAAGCUGUGCGAUCCGUUGUGGCGGUAUUGGGUCUCUCCUGGCCUGCAUAGAGCCCUUUAGUCUAUAAUGAGUGGUAAUGUUCUUCAAUAACCCCGCCCCCUUUUUUAAUUAUGAGAGCAUGGGGAACACGCCAUGCAGAUUAAUGUGACUUCAGGUGUACGAAUUACUCACCGCCAGGGCACUUUCUGCAUCCUUGUCGUGGGUUAUCUCUGCAGCUAGGGGACCACUUGCGCGAUCAUCCAGUAGCGAUGACCCCUUCCACACUAACUGAUGAUUAUAGUAUGG